AUGAUUUACGAUGGCCCUUUUGACCCGACCUCUACAAGGGAAAAAAGAGCAGCGAUUGUACAGAAAAAAUGGCCAGGAAAUACUGACGGUGUUGAGGAUAGAAGUUACCUUCUCAUUCCUUACCGAUAUUCCAACGAUAGUCAAUUUUCAAUCGACCAACAAGAACACAUCGCAGAUUCAUUGGAUUUGAUUACAGCAGAUCUUGGUGGAUGCAUUCAAUUUGUCGACGAUUCAAUUUCUAAAGCGCACUCACACUGGAUUGACAUCCGUCAAGAAUCGGGUUGCUUCGCUUCUGUGGGUUAUAAUCCAGCAUUUUCUGGUGGGCAACCAUUAUCUCUUGGAAAUGGUUGUCUCGGCAAAGCAACGAUUAGUCACGAAAUGAUGCACUCGCUUGGAUUCUUUCAUGAACAAAGUCGACCAGAUCGGGAUGAACAUGUUAUUAUCCAUUUUGAUCGAAUAGUCCCAAAUUAUCAAUUUGCUUAUUAUAAGAUUUCUGAACUUGGAAGCACCUGGUUUGACAUGUCAAGUCCUUACGACUACAAAUCUAACAUGCACUACUCAGCGUGGGGUUUCCGGACACCUGAAGCUAAGGAGGCGGGCUUACCUUCGAUUACAAACUUGGCUGGUGAGCCAGUUCAAUACCCGACGGUCACAAGACUCUCAUCGAGGGACAUUUUUCAACUCGCAAAAAUGUACGAAGGCUUUUGUGGAGAACCGGGAGGAGAGUUCAUCAAGACGCGAUCUUGCGAUAAUGGGGAGAAAUAUCUUGAAAGCCGAGCUUGCGAUGGAAUCUUGGACUGUUCUGACGGAUCUGAUGAGGAUGCCAUAUUUUGUAAUAUAGCAGAAGAGUGUUCUGUUCAGGAAAUCGAAGCAAACAAAACUGAUCCAUGCUCUGGUCUCGAGAACUGUAUAACAUUCGUCGGGGCAUGCGGAGACGCACCAAUUUUCGAAGAGCAAGAUAUCACGACAACAAUCAAUGAAACGAUAAUAACCACUCCUUGUUUCGAUAAUCCUCUCCAUCCUUCCUGCGCAUAUUGGGCUUCUGUCGGGGAAUGCUCCAAAAACCCCGGAUUCAUGCUCCACCAUUGCAAAUUUUCCUGCGGAGAGUGUUUUUCUUCCACAACAACAACAAUAGCUGAAACAACAACUUCAACUUCAUCUACAACUACAACUACAAUUACAACGACAACUACAACUACUACAACGACAACAACGACAACAACGACAGCAACAACAACAACUACAACUUCAACUACUACAACGACAACAACAACCACAACAACAACAACAACAACAACAACGACAACAACAACAACAACAACAACAACUUCAACUACUACAACGACAACAACAACCACAACAACAACAACGACAACAACAACAACAACAACAACAACAACAACAACAACAACAACAACAACAACAACAACGACAACAACAACAACAACUACAACUACAACUACAACUACUACAACAACAACAAGAACGACAUCUGAAACAGUAUCUCUUCCGCAAAUCAACGGUAAAGUCUCAUGUGACGAGGGAAUUCUCAAGGUAGAAAUUCCAAUAAACGAGCUUGAAGCAGAAAAUAUCGACCGAUCAAAGCUUUUCAUGGAAGCGGAAGGAAACUGUCCUGGUCAAGAAAUUGGCGAUAAUAUUAUUUUCGACUCUUCAAAUGAAAAUUGCAAGGUCAGCCCUGUUGAACAAGAUGACUCUUACGUUUACUCGACAAGAAUUAUUGGCAAAAAUCAAAACGAAGGUGUAAUCAAUCGUGGAAGCGAAAUUGUUCUGAGCUUUUCGUGCUCUCUAAAUGCAACACAAACUGUCAGUCUGGCUGCACCGAUCAAGACAAACAUCAAUAAGCACUUUGUCGAUCUCGGCAACGGAGUUGGUAGUUUCGCUAUUGAGCUCGCAGUUUACGACAAUAAUGAUUACUCAAUUCCAGCAAGGGUCGAUCAUAUUUUCAAAGUUCCAGAGAAAGUCUUUGUCGGAAUCGAAAACAAAAACAAUGAACUGGCCAUUGCUAUUGACAGCUGCAAAACUUUCGCAACUGAUCAUCCUCAAACAGAAUAUUUCUUGAUCGAAAAUGCUUGUCCUUCCGACUCUUCAACGGCCAUCAACGAAAGCGGUCAAUCAUCAAUAGCACGCUUUCAGUUCGAUAGUUUUCAAUUUUCCGACAAUCCGGAUUCGUCGAUUUCGGUAGAGUGCGUUAUUUCAAUCUGUGAUGCAGAUAAAGAUGACUGCAAUGUAUGCGCCUCCUCUGCAAGAAAACGGCGAUCGACUGACAACGCGAAGAAAACACUUGUUUCCGCGAUGAUUUUCACCGGGAAAUAA